GACUAAUAGAGUGAUUUUAACGCGUAAACACGUAAAACAACUCACAGGGAAGAGGAAUAUGUCACCGGUGACAGAAGCAACCGAGGCAAAAGCAGAGGUUCAUUACAGGGACGAAACAUGCAGGGACAAGUUCACGUUCUUGCCGGCGGAAAUACCGGACAGCCAGCUCACGGUGGAGGACAUAGAAGAGGGCGGCAGAGGACAUAGAAGAGUGCGGGUACGUGAAGGACACAGCGUUUUCUUCAUAGAUACAAUCAUCAGCUAUGCUGCUGUGAUCACAGCUUACUUUCAGCCUAACAAGAUUAAGAACCUGACGGGAGUCAAAGCCAGGGAGUUCAUGAUUUGGAUCAAUUUGACUGAAAUUUGUGUGGAGGAAGAGCAUGAUUCUCAAUCUGGGUUCAUCACGUUCAGGACGCUUGUUGGUUUGUCCAGGUCUAUUCCACUGUCUUUGUUCGGAGCUUGGACAGCGGAUUUCCAGGAUAAAGUUGAUGGAUCAAAGGAGGAAAACUGGUGAAGAGCAAGGAAUUAAAGAUGUAAAUGAACGAUAAUUAUUUUCAUUUGUUCCAUUGCUUGUGUUUUUUUUUCGUGAUCCUGUAAACGUGAACAUUUUUCUGAAAUCAAAGGAUAUCCAGCUGUCCAUGAUCUGGUAAUGAGUGGAAGAAAAGAUACAGGAAGAAUAGAAUAUGCUGAGGAUAAAGAAAUGCUUGUAGAAUAAGAAUAUGCUUAACAU